AUGAACUUUUUUUUCUCUCAUAAGUGCGUCGCUUUGUGUGAAUCUGGUAUGUGGGUUUUAAUUGUUCGACAUUCUUUGGAGCUGGAGAAGGAAAGUGGGGAUUAUUUGCAUGAACAUAGAAUGCCAGAUUUAAGAAGUGGUGUUCGGCGAUCAAAGAGGAUCAAUUAUGUCCAGGACAAUCCUGCUGUUUUAGUUCCAGCUGCACGGCCUGGUGCUGGUAAAGUGCUGACUGGUAAAGGUAGGGGUAGAGGGUCUAGAGCCAUGCAUCAAGGGAAGAAUUCUAAGCUAUAUGGUGCUGGAGUUGGUGGCCAAGGGCAUACAGGUUUAGAUUUUCCAGAGAGAGAUUUAGUGCCAGUUCAUGAUGAGUUGGUAGGCCAGAAAGGUGCACAAAAAUUGGCUGCUAUUGAGGAUGAAGGAAGCACUAGUCCGCUUCCAGAAAGCGUACAAGUUGGCCACUCUCCCAUAUACAAGCUAGAGAGAAAGCUGGGGAAAGGGGGUUUUGGACAAGUUUAUGUGGGAAGAAGGAUGUCUCCUGGCAUAGGGUGCAGUGCCACUGGGGCUGAUGCCUAUGAGGUUGCUCUGAAGCUUGAGAGUAGAAAUGGUAAAGGGUGCAGUCACGGCCCUCCUUAUGAGUGGCAAGUGUACAGCAAUCUUAAUGGAUGUUAUGGGCUUCCCCUCGUCCAUUACAAAGGUCAACAGGGAGACUACUAUAUCCUAGUCAUGGAUAUGCUUGGCCCGAGUUUAUGGGAUGUUUGGAAUUCUCGCAAUCAGUUGUUGUCUGAAGAGAUGGUUGCUUGUAUAGCAGUGGAAGCAAUAUCAAUUCUAGAGCAGCUUCACAUUAGAGGUUUUGUGCACGGAGAUGUUAAGCCAGAAAACUUUUUGCUUGGUAUACCUGGAACAUCUAAUGAGAAGAAGUUAUAUCUUGUUGAUCUUGGUUUGGCUUCUAGAUGGAGAGAUGGGUCUUCUGGACGUCAUGUUGAUUAUGACCAAAAACCUGAUGUUUUCAGGGGAACUGUGCGUUAUGCAAGUGUACAUGCUCAUUUAGGCAGGACAGGAAGCCGAAGGGAUGACCUCGAAUCGUUAGCUUAUACCCUAAUAUUUCUCCUUAGAGGAAAACUUCCCUGGCAAGGCUACAAUGGAGAGAACAAAGGAUUUCUUGUUUGCAAGAAGAAGAUGGCAACUUCUGCUGAGACACUAUGUGGCUUGUGCCCUCCUCCUUUUCAACAGUUUCUUGAAAUGGUGACCAAUAUGAAAUUCGAUGAAGAACCAAAUUACUUAAAGCUUAUUUCCCUUUUUGAUAACAGUAUUGGUGCAAUUGCCUCUCUGCGACCUAUCAGAACUGAUGGAGCUGCAAAGGUGGGUCAAAAAAGAGGAAGAGUGCCUGUUGAAUUGGUAGAUGGUGAGCAACCUAAGAAAAAAGUUCGAUUAGGUAGUCCAGCUACUCAGUGGAUAUCGGUCUACAAUACCAGAUCAUCAAUGAAGCAAAGGUAUCACUACAAUGUUAUGGAUUCAAGACUAGACCAGCACAUUGAUAAAGGAAAGGAAGAUGGGUUGUAUGUUAGCUGUGUUGCUUCAUCUUCGAAUAUGUGGGCUAUUGUCAUGGAUGCAGGGACAGGCUUCACAUCCCAGGUUUAUGAACGGUCAUCUGUUUUCUUGCACAAGGAGUGGAUAAUGGAACAGUGGGACAAGAACUACUAUAUCACUUCACUUGCUGGUACAUGCAAUGGAAAUGCCCUGGUGGUAAUGUCCCAAGGUGUACCUUAUACUCAGCAAUCCUACAAAGUCAGUGAUGUGUUCCCUUUCAAAUGGAUUAAUAAGAAGUGGAAAGAAGGUUUUUCUGUUACCUCCAUGACCACUGCAGGUAGCAGAUGGGGCAUUGUCAUGUCUCGAAAUGCAGGUUAUUCUAGUCAGGUUGUUGAACUCGAUUUCCUAUAUCCUAGUGAAGGCAUCCAUAGAAGAUGGGAGACUGGAUAUCGGAUUACCUCAACUGCUGCUACAGAGGAUCAAGCUGCAUUCAUACUUAGUGUACCCAAGAAGAAAUCACCAGAUGUGGCUCAAGAAACUCUACGGACAUCGGUUUUUCCAACUUACCAAGUAAAGGACAAAUGGUUAAAGAAUCUCUAUAUUGCAUCUAUUUGCUAUGGGAGAACAGUGUCUUGA